AUGAGUGCUGCUCCUAAAGUAGUCGUCGUUUCCUCCACAAAUCGGGUCAAAACAAAGGCGGCCAAAGAAGGUUUCCAAGCCCUCCUGCCAGGAGCCUACGAAUUCCUCGAAGUAAAAGUCGAAACGGAGGUGGCCGCCCAGCCCUUCUCAGACGCAGAAACGCUGCUCGGCGCGUCCAACCGGGUCAAGAAUGCGCGGAUCGCCAAGCCCGACGCUGACUUCUGGAUCGGCAUCGAGGGCGGCGUCGACGAGCACGACGGGAACCUGCUCAACUUCGCCUGGGUCGUGGUGGCGAGCAAAGAGGGCCGCACGGGGAAAGCCCGAACUCCUGCGUACUACCUGCCGGAGGAGUCGGCGAGGCUCGUGCGGGAGGGGCUGGAGCUGGGCCAGGCGGACGACCAGGUGUUCGGGACGUCCGAUUCGAGGAGCGGGAGUGGCUCGGUUGGGCUUCUGACUGGCGAUGUCGUGGACCGCGCGGGCUUCUACACCCAGGCCGUCAUUCUAGCGCUCAUCCCGAUCAAGAACAAGGACCUGACGUUCAAGUGA